GAAAAAUUGACCAAUCGCUGCGCAGAUAUUUGUGUUUUUGAAAGUAACGCGGUUGAUAGCUACCAAGUUAAACGUCUGUUUCUUGAUAGGUACUCAAAUUACAAACUUUAUUCGGACUUCAGUUGCUAUGUUUGGAAGUUGUGCAUGUAGUUUUUGAGAACUCGAGAGUAAUGUCAUCCAGAAAGUCGAGCUCCAGUGGGGAAGGCAUGCCCCAAAGCAGGUAUGGAGAGCGCACUCCUCUCAGAAGCCUGGACAAUGAGAUUCCUCACUUGUCAUCUAGGCUUAAGUCAAAACCACAGAUGGUUUCUGAUCUUGCAAAAACAACAGUGCGUGACACUCCAUUCUGUGAGCCAGAGCUCUUUAAGCACUGUCCUCCAUUUCCUGAGGUGAUACAAACCAGUCCUCUCCCUAUUCAUGCAACCCAGAUGGCUAGUGAGCCUGGAGAUGUAACAUUUAAAUCCUUUAUUUGUGCUGGUGGAGAGGUUGUGAUUUCAGAUUCAUCAGCACGUGCAGAUGAUAGUCUUAUUUUUCAAGAAGACACAGCCUCAUGUAGAGAAACAGAUGAUGCAAACAUUUCUUACAGUGUGAUGGAGCUGUCUGACUGUGAUCACAAAGAGCAUCCCUAUUACAUUCCAGAUGGGAAAGAGCACCGUUCUGUUAACAGAGCACCAAGUCUCAGUGAUAUUCCCUCCUCUAGUGGGGUGGAUGAUCAACAAACUGCACACUUUUUUCACACUGACUGUAAUGAAGACAAACAAGAGACUUGGAAUUCCUUUGUCUGUGAUGGAGGAGAGGGGAAAGUUUCAGAUGCUACAAGUCUGCAAAACGAGACCAUUCCUCCCCCUAUGGCAGAGCUUCAUGAUCUGUCACAACACAGCAGUAGAAAUUUAACUGACGACUCUGACAACCAUGUCCAGCUGUGCCAAAUGCAAAACGAUGACCAUCCAAACUGUAUCACUGGAAAUGGGAUUACUCCUGUAAACGCCACCUUUGUUGUAAUCCCAAAUGGAAUUGAAAAUGCGUCUGAAAAGCCAGCUAAUGGACUGAAUGAUAUAACUUAUAAGUCAUUUAACUGCACUGGAGGUGAGAUUGAAAUUUCAGAUGGCUCCAAACUCAUAGAUGAGACUGUCCCGCUACCAUUUCAAAACACUGUUUCUAUCCGUGACUCACUAAAUAUCAGUCUGGAAUCAAGAAGUGUAGCUGACCAAGACCAUUUAGAUCAUCCAUACUGGAACUGUAGAAAUGAUUCCUCACCAACCUGCAAUCUCACCAUGACUCAGGAGCCAUUGCCAUCCUGCAGUGAGGCUGCGGGAGUUGAGCAGAUAAGCCUGACAGUACCUAACUGCCAGGAAGCUGCAGAGGAGCCCGUGGCUUUCUGCUCUGUCAUUUCAGCUGGUGGUGGGGCGGAAAAAUCCCAGAUGUCAGACAAGAGUUCUCUUCUUUCUCAGGAUAGGGAUACAAACUGCCAACCUCCUGUUGAACUUGUUGCUACACAAGAUCCUAUUCAAAAUGACUCCGAACAACCCAAAAACCAAUUGGAAGACAAUAAAGCCAUGGAUGACAUUUAUGGAUGUAGUGCGCUUUUAGUAAUAGCAGAGAAAACCAUUAAUCUUGAGGACAGUGCAGUUCCUGGGUUAGCCCGUUCAGCUGAUGUGUCUGACUGCAGCCAUGUCACUGCCUCAGGAGAGGGCAGAGUGAAGCAGCAGGAGGACUGUGGAUCACAAGUCUUUCCUACCAGUGGACUUCCUGAAUCCAGUGAGGCAAAAGAUAGUGCCAUUGGUUCAUCAUCUGAAAAACCCCCUGCAGAGAACCACAUUGAGGUUUUAAGACUCUUGUCAGAAUGUCCCUCGCUUGCUUCAGGCUUGCAGUUGGGAAUUCUCAGUCCUGUUGUCAAGAGAGCCUCUCUUUCUUUAUUAAAGGCUCAUGAAGAUUUGACUCAAGGAAAAUGUUUUGCUGAUGAUUCUCUUUUUGAAAGUGACAAAAGCUUGGUAGCUCCAGUUACCUCUGACCCUGUUGGGUUAUGGGCAGAGCAAAUGGACAGCCCCAUGCCCCGUCCUCUGUUCAACUCCACAACAUUGGGUAACAAAGCCCAAUCGGUCUUGAUUACAGAACAGGAUGGGAAUUCAGGGAGGAGGCUCUGUGAAGUUCCUCUGCCUGAGAUCGAAAAGCCUGAAAUCGGUAACCAUUUAAUCCCUGAGGGCCAACUUCAGCAGCAACUGCGGCAGAUGGUGGAGUACCUAAUAAUAGCGUCAGGAAAAAUGGGAGCUUCUGUUCUUCCUCCCGCUGCUUCCAUGCCCCCAGCACAGGGAGUCACUCCUGCAGAAUCCCACAACAUUUGCGUGGGCACCAGUCCUGUUAAACUGGUGGACACCAGCCUUAACACAUCAGGUGUUUUUGUUAGAAAGAGGGAAUUCUCCGUCGUUGAUUCCUGCACUGUGACAGACCCCCUCCUAUGGAAUUUGCCCGCAGGCAGUUUAGAGGGUCUUCCCAGAAAGGAGCUGGAGCAAAGAUUGAUGUCUAGCAUGAUCAUGGUGGAAGCCUUGGUGCAACAACUGGCUUCAUCCAGGGCUCAAGUGUGUGUGUCUGCAGGCCCUGCGCCUUCAGAGCUAAGAGAGAAACUUGUACAAACGGAUCACACUGAACUCAGUCAGACCACAAUGUACAGAGACCUUUAUACGGAGGCUCUGAGCAGGAUUAGCGAGUUGGAGCAGGGCGACGGUUCCCUGAGAAAUCUGAUGCAGUCUAUACAAGACACGAGGGCCACUUUGGAUUCUGUGAGCAGCGACACAGAUGCUGCUCUCUCUAACAUGAGAGCAAUAGGUGACUUUGUUAAAGAAGACCAUCAAAGCCUUGUUUCACAUUAUGGACACAUGAAGUCUCUUCUUGAAAAAUCGAAGGACACGCAGACAAAAAUGAUGCAGAAGGUACAAGAUGUUCUUCAACAAAGAAAUCAGAUGAAGAAUCAGAUGGAAGAGGCAUUCACGGAGAAAGAGGCAGCUUUGGGUGCGAUAGGGCUGCUGAGGACACACUGUGCCACAGAGAUUUCCGCACUGGAGAACAGCGUGGGGUCUCAGCAAGAGCUGUUGGUCGCCUUAAACCAAACCUACCCGGAACAGGUACUAUUAAAUAAGACAUGUAAUGAAACUCUGAGUUCUGCCUCUGAACUUUUGUCCCAAGCCAUGGAGGAGCACUGCAGUUUGAUGACUGAACUCAAUGCUGCCAGAGGGCUCUUGCAGAAAACUGCUCCCACCCUCCUGAUGCUGAAUGAGAAAGCAGCUGCUGCUUUGAGAGAGAGAGAUGAACAUAUUUCUGAAAGAGAUCGAGCAAUCCAAGAGCGAGAGCAGUUUGAAGAAGAAUUAAACGAAACUCAUUCGAAUCUCCAAAGUGCCAAACAAGAGAUUGGUGAUUUAAACCUGCAGGUGACAAUUCUGACAUCAGAGAUGGGUGUGCUGCGACAGAAGCUAACGGAGAAAGAAGAGGAGAGGGGUCAGCUGGAGAGGAAGGCCACGGAGUUGUCUGCCAACAUUUCCUCUACAUUGGCCUCCUACACUUUCUUGGAGCAGGCUUUGACUGAAGAGACUACUAAGCUGCAGCAGUCCUGGAAAGACGUCCAGCAAGCCAAUGAAAGAGCAGAUCAGUUGGAGGCGUGCCUGGGUCAGUCAGAGCAGCAUGUGGGCGAGUUGAGUCUUGCUCUGGCUCAGACUGAGGAGCAGCUCGGUCAGCUGAGGAACGUCUCUCAGUCUCAGAGCCUCCAGAUCCAGCAGCUCCAGGAUGUUUGUGCACAGCUCAGCGGUGUGCGGGAAAUGAACGAGUUCCUGCAGAUGGAGAACGAGUUGGCGAGGGAGCAGAUGGUGGAGAGCGAGCGGAUGCUGAGGACAAACCUGCAGGCACUCCGGGAGAGGAACAUCCAAUGUGAGGACCUGAAAGCAGACGUUUGUAAACUUCAGCUCGAGAACAAAAAUAUGUGUGAAGAUAUGGAAAAUACAAGAUCUACAGCUGCUGCCGUGGAGCUGGAGCUCAAAGAGCGGAUGGCUCAGGUGAUCACUGAAAUCACUUUGCUGCAUCACACUCUGAGAGGACUGACCAAUGAGCUCCAAGCUGCCGUCAGUGACCAGAAUCAAGAGUCACAAAAGGAUAAAGAGUCUCAACUUAUCCACAAAGUGGAGGGGCAGCAGCCCUCUUUUGUCGACAGCAUCAAGAUGGCUUUAACUGCUGAGGAUGAGGAUGACGUCAACUUGGAGAUGCCUGCUGGAUUAGACACGUCGGAGCCACAGAGAGGGACUUUGUUCAGCGAGAUGAGUGCCUUCACCCGGAUCGCAGGCCUCACUCCAAAGCAGAAUAUGAAGGCAGGUGUGACGGAGGACGAGGAAGAGGAGCAGAGCAGCGUGACAGAGCUGCUCUCUGGGCUGAGCAGCACCGUCGCAGAGCUCAUCAGCACGCUGAAGACGGUACAGCAGCGCAAAGACGCUGAGCUGCAGGAGGCACUCGGCACCAUCUGUGGCCUGCAGGUGGAGCAGCAGGCUGCCAGCAGCAAACAUGAGAAUGAGGUGUGCGAGCUGAAGCAUCAGCUCAGCCGUCUGAAUAAUGCGGUGGAAAAAGGAAAUCAAGCUCUGCAGCAAAAAACUCAGGAUGAGAAAACUUUGACUAAGCUUAUGGCAGAUGUUCAGGAGGCCCAGGAAAUUCUAAAUAAACACAAGACUGACAACAACGAAUUGAGAAAAGAGGUGACGGAGCUUCGCCGUGCUCUGCAGCAGUCCAAGGUGGAGGCUCAGUUCCUGCGGGAGGAGUUGAGGAAGGCUGGCGGCCCGUCAGCCAACCCAGUGCAUUACAUGGAAGACCAGAUCCAGUUAUUGAAAGAGGUGGAGAGACUAAAGUCGAGCCUUCAGGUGGUGGAGCUGGCCAAGACUAAACUCCUUGAACGAGCUAAGCGACAUCAAAUCAUCCAUCAGACAAACCAACAGAAAAGUGAGAACGAGCUUCAGAUAUUAAACCACAUGAUCAAUAAAGUCAGAGAGACGCUGCUGUCUCUGCCAGAAGUUUUGAAGAAUUGUGAACAGCUCCAGCAGCUGCUUGAAUACAUUGGCUGACAUGUUUGCGAUUGUCGGCAGUGUUUUGUUUAUUUAUGUCUCCUAUAUUUUAGCUUUUCCUGAUACUAAGUGUUGUUAUUAUUCUAAUACUAUUAAACAUGUUACGAAGUCUUAAAAGUUCUUUGUUCCAAAUUCUGCUGCAUUUUAUAAAUGAGAUGAGGAAUUAAUAACUGUUUUCAAUUUCUUUUAUUCUCCAUUUCCACGUGUGACCACAGACAGCCCUGCCUGUAUGCCCUCAGUAUAUCUUAUACUUAUCAAACUGUCCUUAAGAUAAAAUUUAUCUUAUCUUCCCGAACGUUACACAGUUGGAUGCCUUCUUUUGCUGUGAUCAGCAAAACUUUGUUGCGUUACUAUGGUUUGAUGAAUAGCCUAUUUUGGUCAUUCCAAUGCU